CAUGACCGGUCAUCAAAUGCAACAUCAGCUCAAUUGGUGAGAAAUCUGUGGUUGGGGGCAGCUAUCUCCAGAUACUAUCUGCCUAACUAAUGAGUGGUUCAGAACCUGUUGAUGAUAGAGCUGACGGUAGGAGACUAACACGUGCACAGGCACUAAGGGUACCACACGUGUUCCAGGCCUUGGAGCUGGGAGAAGAAAGACGGCUACGUGGAGCCCGUGCUCUAGCAGCGGGGACAGCAGCAGCAAACGCAGCAGCUAGAGAGCAGGCAACAGCAGCCAGAGCAGCAGGGAUGGUUAAUGGCGCAAGCUCUGCUGCGUCAUCCUCUGCGUCCUCGUCAGGGACUAAUGGGGGCCAGUUGGGAAUGCCAACGAGUUCCACAAGUUCCUCGGGCACUUCCGGUUCCACAGGUUCUAGACAAUCUUCUAGUCAAAUGGCGGGCGCGCAGUUCAGCCCGUUGACCCCACGUGAGAGGGAGCUCAGAGAGAUCCAGCAGGUCGAGAGGCUCCGCCGUAAGUUAGAGCAGGACCUGAAAGAGGCUACCGAUAGAGAAAAUGCGAUGAAAACUAGAGCAGCCAGGCUUGAAACUUUAGAGCCUGACAAGGCUGAAUUAGAGGGCUUGGACGAGUCAGCAUUGACUGACCCGCUGAAAGUAUUGAAGAAGAAUAUGUUGUCAUUGCACGCACACGUGGACAGCAAAUUAGACUUCAUGCAGAGCACUCUAGACCAGAUCCUGGAUGCGUUGACAAGGCCAGAAUACCGGUCACCAGCACAAUCGUUGUUGUCGUUAUCGGCGAUGUCAGGCCCCUUUCCAGUUCAAGCUGGUACACAACCAAGUAGUACGUCUGCAGCAGUCUCACAGACUGUUGCAUCUUCUUCUUCGGGUCCGGCGGGUCCGGCGGUGGGAGCUACACCACCGCAACAACCUGUUCAGCAAUCUGGACAGCAGCAGGGUCAAUGGUAUCCUAAGACCCCAAUGAAACCGGCCCUUGCCUUCUCAGGCGAGGGAAAGGGCGAAGAACUCAACACUUGGUUGAGAACAGUCCCGAUUUGGGUGAAGGCCAAGAAAACCUUGCUAGAGGACGAAGUGGUAACUGCGGCAUCUUACCUGGAGGGUAAGGCAGCCAAGUGGUUAGAUGGAGUAGUUAUGAAGGUCGGGUAUGGGAGACGCAUGGCGGACUGGGCUAAGUCUUUGACGUUAGACCAGUUCAUGGAAAUGGUAGAAGCUCAAUGGCAUAACCCACAGGAGGCUCAAAAGGCCACUGAUGUCAUUAACAACUAGACCAACGCAAGUUCAGGUCAGUUAGAGAGCUUACGACUACCAUUGAAAGC